CCCCACCUAAUCCAACUUCUCGUUGAUGUCGAACCGAAACGAUAAAAUAAAAGCAGUUUUCCCCUCCACGUCACUUCCUUCCUUCUCGCCGGUUUCCCUCUUGCUUCUUUUCUCUUCUUCGUUAUCCAUUUGUUUUUAUUUCUCAACGAUUUUUUCUCUUCCUGGAAACCAAUUUCGAUUCAGAAUCUACAAACCGAAAAAGAAGAGAAAUUUAUCGGAAUCCGAAAGGUUUUCGGGGUGGGAAUCGGAGUUUCACAUCUCCACUCAACCUGCAAUUGAGAGGGACAGCACUGCCGGCAGUUGUUUCCGAUUCCGGCGCCAACACGACGCAGUUUCACUCCGCCGUUAAAAAAAAAACCCUCUUUUUUUUCUGAUCUGGCGUUUGUUUGUCCGUUGUAAAAUGAAGAAGAAAUAAAACCCCUUUCCUUGAAGGUCUCUGAAUUUUCUUGAAUCGAAGAAAAACCAGGGAAGAAGAAGAAGAAGAAGAAAGAAGGGAGGGAGGGAGGGAGGGUGGAAUGGGAUUGGUAAUUGUUGAAGCGGAAGAGGAGGAUGAAAUACGAGAAGGUAGACUCGCCGCCGACGGCGGUGUGGGGAGCAUUCUGGUCCCGCCGACGAAUUUCUCGAUGGUCGACGACGGCAUUUUCAGAUCUGGUCUCCCUGACGCUUCCAAUUUCCGUUUCCUCGAAACCCUAAAUCUCCGCUCCAUCAUAUACUUGUGCCCUGAGCCGUACCCGCAGGAGAAUGUUGAAUUUCUUGCGGCCAACAACAUCAAGCUAUUCCAGUUUGGAAUCAACGGGAAGACGGAGCCUCCUGUCCCUAUGCCUGAGGAUACCAUCAUUGAAGCUUUGAAGAUCUUAAUGGAUGUAAGGAACCAUCCCAUUUUGAUUCACUGCAAGCGAGGGAAGCAUCGCACUGGCUGUCUGGUUGGGUGCUUCAGGAAGCUACAGAACUGGUGUUUGUCCUCGGUCAAGGACGAGUACCGACAUUAUGCAGGCCUGAAGUCGAGGACGAGCGAUCUGUGCUUCUUGGAGAGCUUCAAUGUGGUGAGCCUAAGGCAAUGUCUGUACAGCAUCAUCUACCAGUACAACGGGUACAGCUCCAAGAGGCGUCUGCUAUACCGUGAAGAGAGUGUACAGAAACCCCAAAUCAAGUCCAUGUAAAAAGCUCAAAGCAUGGACUUGAUUCGGGCUGUCGAGAAACCAUACCUCAUUUCUUACAUUGUACGAUUCCUUUUUCUUUCUUCCAAUGGAUUCCAGGAACCUUGGUUUUAGUUUGGUUCGACUGAGAGCUCCACCGGGUAGUUUUAGUUCUGACAAGAAGCAUUUCAAAACUUGUGUUCUGUCUUUCCUCAAUCCUUUAAUUUGUCCCUGAAACGGUUUGUUGUUCUUGGUUAAGGCACUCCAUCACCUCCUGUUGAUUUUGAUUUUGCCUACUACCCAUCUCAGAUCGGGUGGCUGGCAGCCUCCUUUUAUGGCUUUUCAUCUGUCAAUUUGUAAAAGAGUCCCUGAUGCAGCUCAGAGCAACUACAUUUGUACCAGCAGCAACAUGUAUCCUCAACUUUCCACUGAAUAAGAUACUAUUGUGUUC